AUGCCAUUCUCGAAGGCCCGGUCCAGUCCGUCUGUAGAACGGCGCGACCGUCUGACACUUGCGAAAUUGGCCAGCUAUGACGAUGUCGCAACGGAUGCGCUGGUUGACUGUGCUUAUUUUUGGACGAACACCCGCAAAAAUCGGACGAAAUAUAUCCCUGUUCGCGGUCUACUCGAGGAUACGAUGGCUCGGAUUCUUUUGCACGAUGUCAUUGUCGCCAAGGAUGUGGCUGCAGCAGAACGCAAGAUAUUGGAUUUAACCGGAAUGAAGAGAUACCUGGCAAAACUUCCCAACGAUCGUGAGAAGGACUGGUUCCGCAAGCACCUUCGCAAAUAUAUACAGAUGUACCUUCCCGACUGCCCGUUUGAGGUUACGACUACCAAUCGCUAUACGAUAACCGAACACGAAGCCGCCAUCUGUGCCCGGCGAUUCAUUCCGCAGGGCCAGGAGAUCAAGUACUUAAGCGGGACACUGGUGCCGAUGACUAAAGAAGAGGAGCAGGACUUGGAUUUGAAGAGAAAGGACUUUAGUAUCGUGAUGUCGAGCCGGAGGAAAACGCCAUCUUUUUUCCUGGGUCCCGCCCGCUUCGCAAAUCAUGAUUGCAGCGCCAAUGGGCGCUUGGUAACUCGAGGUUCUGAGGGGAUGCAGGUCGUCGCCACUCGGGACAUAUAUAUUGGCGAGGAAAUUACGGUUUCGUACGGAGAAGACUACUUUGGCAUCGACAAUUGCGAAUGUCUGUGUCUUAGUUGCGAACGCGUUCCUCGGAACGGUUGGUCACAGAAUGACUCUGAGCCACCAAGCAAAGCCUCUACACCGGAACCUGGGGCUGUCGAAAACUACCUUACGCCGAGGAAACGAAAGGUGCCAUUGGACGUUGACUCAGACACUUCUCCAUAUUCAACUCCACGGAAGCGGGGAAAAUUCACACCACGUGGCUCCAAGUUGCGGUCUCAGUUAUCACUCACUGAGGAUAUUGCUAUCUCAAUAGAGUCUGAACCCCGUAUUGCAACACCAAACCUGUCUCUGCCAGUGUCAGAAGCUGGCAAGUCAGGUAAUAGCGGUCAAACUGGGGACAAUGCAGAAGCCUCUGGUACAGAUUCAGAAUCCCUCACAUCCCUCACGCCCGAAGAAUCGCAAAGAUCAUCGACGUCCACCGCUGCGACUUCGAUUUGUGACGAGAAAACCGGAGUCAAAACAAGGUCAACUAGGGCCUCAACAAGGCUUGCGGCGCUUGGGGAGAGUUCAAUACUGGCUGAAACGACCAUAUCGAUGUCGGGUCCCGCGACCCAAGUCAAACUAAAAGUGGAACCAUCUUGCGGACCCCCCACUACUAUAACAGCAUGUCUAGAGGCGCAAUCGCGCGCCGACAGCUGCGUUAGCGAUAUCUCGAGUUCUGUGAGGCUAGAGACGGGAUCCGAAGCACUGGAACAUGUGAAGAAACCGAGAAAGCCCAGAACGAAGAAGAUCUAUCUGACCAUUGAGCCAGAAUCUAAACUCACACGAGUCCCUGGGGAUUACACCAAAACCCCCAAACUCCUAGCACAUUCAUAUGAUCGCUGGAUAGACUGCCACACUUGCAAUGCGUGGUUCGUACAACAAAAUUCCUACUUGACCCGACGCGAGUGUCCUCGUUGCGAGCGCCACUCUAUGCUCUACGGGUUUCGCUGGCCGAAGACGGACAAGGAGGGUCCGAACGACGACGAAGAGAGAGUGAUGGAUCACCGUACUGUUCAUCGAUUCUUGUACCCUGAAGAAGAGGCGCUUGUAUCUCGCAGGGGCCGUGGAGUCAGUUUUGGUAUUACGCCCACCCCGGAGCUGUCUGAUAUGCGCAGUGAAACCCCAGACAGUGAGGCCCUCGACGAGCGAGGUAGCACUCGGGUGACGCGGCGGCACACUCGAGCCCUCCGAAUGACUAUGUAA